UUUUAGCGGCAGAGGGAGCCGGCUGGGUGUCAGUUUAUCCCCUAACCCCCGUCUCUGGCUUUAAGAUAAGACUCGCUCCGUUUUCGUUCUCCCGCGUAAUCCUCCCUUUGUUCUUGUCGGUCAGUGGCCCUUCGGAGCCCGCCAUGUCUCGCGGGCGGGAGCGAGUGGUGGCGUUGGCGGACAUGGACUGUUUCUACAUACAGGUGGAGCAGCGCCUGGAGCCCCGUCUGCGUGGCAAGCCGUGCGCCGUGGUGCAGUACAAGACGUGGAGAGGCGGCGGGAUAAUUGCUGUGAGCUAUGAAGCUCGUGCUUUUGGAGUUACCAGGAACAUGUGGGCUGCUGAUGCCAAGAAGCUGUGCCCGGAUCUCCUGUUAGCUCGUGUGCCAGAGGCUCAUGGCAAAGCAGACCUCACCAAGUACCGAGAAGCAAGCGUGGAGGUGAUGGAAGUGAUGUCACGCUUUGCUGUGAUUGAGCGUGCCAGCAUUGAUGAGGCCUACAUGGAUUUAACUGGCGCUGUGCAGGAAAGGCUUCAGAAGAUGAAGGGGCAGCCUGUUGUAGCAGAGCAGUUGGCAACUACCUACAUCCAAGGAUUGCCAGAUAGCCUUGCAGCAGAAGAGAAUACAGCAGAAGAGAACACAGACAACAAAGAAGAGCUGCGGCAGUGUGGUUUGCAUCAGUGGCUGGAAUUAUUGCCUUCUGGAGAUCCCAGCAGUCCAGAGCUGCAGCUGACAGUGGGAGCAGUCAUUAUGGAAGAAAUGAGAGCAGCUGUGGAAUCUGUCACUGGCUUUAGGUGUUCUGUUGGCAUUUCUCACAACAAGGUAUUAGCCAAACUGGCCUGUGGCCUCAACAAGCCUAAUCGACAGACUCUAGUGUCACAGGGUUCUGUCGCACAACUCUUUAGCAAGAUGCCAAUCAGUAACAUCCGUAACCUUGGAGGGAAGCUAGGUGCAUCUAUCACUAAACUUCUUGGAGUGGAAUAUGUGGGACAGCUGAUCCAGUACAGUGAAUCACAGCUUCAGUCACACUUUGGAGAUAAGACUGGCUCAUGGCUGUAUGACUUGUGCAGAGGGAUUGAGCAUGAGCCUGUGAAACCUAGGCAAUUGCCAAAGUCCAUUGGCUGCAGUAAGAACUUCCAUGGAAAGGCGGCUUUGAUUACUCAGAAGCAGGUGCAGCAUUGGCUUCUGCAGCUUGCUUUGGAGCUGGAGGAGAGACUGAACAAGGACAGAGACCAAAACAACCGGGUAGCUAAACAGUUGAGUAUUGGGAUCCGUAUGCAAGGUAGUAAACAUGUUGGUGGCCUGUCUCGCUGCUGUGCCUUAUCCCACUACGAUGCCCAUAAAAUCAGCAGAGAUGCCUUUGCGCUAAUCCAGAACUGCAAUACAGGAGGCCAGCUGGCUGCAUGGUCUCCUCCCAUCACUGUUCUCCAGCUCUCUGCAAGCAAGUUUUUAGAGGCCCCCACAGUGUCCUCUGUGGGCAUUGCUGCCUUUUUGACUAGUGAUAGCCAGUGUACCCAGGCCACUAGCACCUGUGCAGCCAGCCCAAAUGUCAGUUCCCUUGGAAGUCCAAAAAAGGAGACCAGCAAGAAGACAGUGAACACUAUUCAGAAGCUAUUUCAGAGGUCAGUGGAAAAGAAACAGGCCCAAGGUACAGCUAGGUCCUCUCUUCCUGGGAUUGCCAAUGAAAUGACAGUGCCAUCAACUGUAGCACCCAUUUGUCAUGAUAAAGCACUCAUCCAUACCAGUGGCCAGAUGUCAAAGGGCCCUGCGGAACAAAGUAUCAAUAACUGCAACCUCAACUCUGUGCAGAAGCAGCUCUCCAUAGAACAAUCUCUAUCCAGCUCUGAAACAGGGAUGCUAGAGACCCCAUUGACUAGUAGGGGUUACACGGCACCUUUAGAAAUGGAAACAUCUGAAGUCUCUUCAGGGCAACCUGAUGUGUUGAAAGAAGAAAGAGUGCAAUCUGCUCCUGGACUUUCACAGUGCAGAGCUGAUAGUUGGGCUCCUCCCUCCGAUACAGAUGACUGGAUGUUGUGUGAGAAAUGUAACCAACAGGUGUUGGUGUGGGAGUUCACAGAACACUUAGACUACCACUUUGCAGUGGAGCUGCAGAACUCUUUCUCAGGACCCAGCUCCUUCAGUCCAGUUGGCAGCCCUCCAAGUAAGGGCAAAAGCAAACCCAGUGCCAAACGACCAAGGCAAGACACAAACAGGACUUUGGAUUCCUUUUUCAAGAGACUGCCUCCUUAGAUUGCGGCUCACCUGAGCAGCUGGAGACUUUUAUCUUAAGAGAGAAAAACCAACUUUAAAAAUAAAUUAUUCCCAAUAAAUUAUUCCCAACAGGAA